UCUGCCUGUCGCGGGAGCGGCGGGCGCUCGCCUACCCCCGUCCUCCCCCGCGAGUCUCUAGGCUCCUUCGCCCGCCCGGGCCCAGUCGGCGUCAGUCAGGGAGGCGGACGCUCCGUCGCCGUCUCGCCCCGGGGUCGGUGUUCGCGCCGCCGGGGGGAAGGAUGCAGCCGCUGCCGGAGCAGCCGCCCCGUGAUUGGCUGUGGAGCCUGUGAACCCGGAGUAAAGAUGGCGGGCGGGCAGGCCGCCGCCGCUCUGCCCACUCGGAAGAUGGCGGCGCGCCGCGGCCUCAUGGUGGCCGGGCUGCAGCCGCCCCCGUGGGCCGAGACCACCUGGAUCUACCACGACGGCGAGGACACCAAGAUGAUCGUGGGAGAGGAGAAGAAGUUUCUGCUGCCCUUCUGGCUGCAGGUGAUCUUCAUCUCGCUGCUGCUGUGCCUGUCGGGCAUGUUCAGCGGCCUCAACCUGGGGCUCAUGGCCCUGGACCCGAUGGAGCUGCGCAUCGUGCAGAACUGCGGCACCGAGAAGGAGAAGAACUACGCCAAGCGCAUCGAGCCGGUGCGCAGGCAGGGCAACUACCUGCUGUGCUCGCUGCUGCUGGGCAACGUGCUGGUCAACACCACGCUCACCAUCCUGCUGGACGACAUCGCCGGCUCCGGCCUCGUGGCCGUGGUGGUCUCCACCAUCGGCAUCGUCAUCUUUGGGGAGAUCGUCCCGCAGGCCAUCUGCUCCCGCCACGGCCUGGCCGUGGGGGCGAACACCAUCUUCCUCACCAAGUUCUUCAUGAUGAUGACCUUCCCCGCGUCUUACCCGGUCAGCAAGCUGCUGGACUGCGUCCUGGGCCAGGAGAUAGGCACAGUGUACAACCGCGAGAAGCUGCUGGAGAUGCUCCGGGUCACCGAUCCCUACAACGAUCUGGUUAAGGAGGAGCUGAACAUAAUCCAAGGGGCGCUGGAGCUCCGCACCAAGACGGUGGAGGACGUGAUGACUCCGCUCCGGGACUGCUUUAUGAUCACUGGCGAGGCCAUCCUGGACUUCAACACCAUGUCGGAAAUCAUGGAGAGCGGCUACACGCGCAUUCCAGUGUUUGAGGGAGAGCGCUCCAACAUCGUGGACCUGCUGUUUGUCAAGGACUUGGCCUUUGUGGAUCCGGAUGACUGUACUCCCUUAAAAACCAUCACCAAGUUUUAUAACCACCCCUUGCACUUCGUUUUCAAUGACACCAAGUUGGACGCGAUGCUGGAAGAGUUUAAGAAAGGUAAAUCUCACCUGGCUAUUGUACAGCGGGUAAACAAUGAGGGAGAAGGCGAUCCGUUUUAUGAAGUUCUGGGAAUCGUCACCUUAGAAGAUGUCAUUGAAGAAAUCAUCAAGUCUGAGAUUCUAGAUGAAACAGAUUUGUACACCGAUAACAGAACGAAAAAGAAAGUGGCCCACCGGGAAAGAAAGCAGGAUUUCUCCGCCUUCAAGCAGACAGACAGUGAGAUGAAGGUUAAAAUCUCCCCGCAGCUCCUCCUGGCCAUGCACCGUUUCCUAGCGACAGAAGUAGAGGCAUUUAGCCCAUCCCAGAUGUCAGAGAAGAUCCUUCUAAGGCUGCUAAAGCACCCCAAUGUCAUCCAGGAGCUGAAGUAUGAUGAGAAGAACAAGAAAGCCCCAGAGUUCUACCUCUACCAGCGCAACAAGCCCGUGGACUACUUCGUCCUCAUUCUGCAGGGGAAGGUGGAAGUGGAGGCUGGGAAGGAAGGCAUGAAGUUUGAAGCGAGCGCGUUCUCCUACUACGGCGUGAUGGCCCUCACGGCGUCUCCAGUUCCUUUGUCCCUGUCCCGUACCUUUGUUGUCAGCAGAACACAGUUGUUAGCAGCAGGCUCUCCAGGGGAAAACAAGUCACCUCCGCGCCCGUGCGGCCUGAACCACUCAGACUCCCUCAGUCGAAGUGACCGGCUGGACGCAGUGACACCGACGCUGGGCAGCAGCAACAACCAGCUCAACUCCUCCUUCCUGCAAGUCUACAUCCCCGACUACUCCGUGCGGGCCCUCUCCGACCUGCAGUUUGUCAAGAUCUCCAGACAGCAAUACCAAAAUGCCUUGAUGGCAUCCCGCAUGGACAAAACCCCUCCGUCUUCGGACAGUGAGAACACUAAGAUCGAACUGACCCUCACGGAGCUGCACGACGGGUUGCCGGACGAGACGGCCAACCUGCUCACCGAGCAGAACUGCGUGGCGCACGCCAAGGCCAACCACAGCCUGCACGGGGAGGGCGCCAUCUAGGCCGCCCGCCCGGACCCGGUCGGUGCGGGCCUGCCGCGGCUGCGGCUGCGGCGUCCUGAGACCAAAGACCGUCCCUCCCGGCGGCCGCGGGGACGGGGAGGCGGGGCGGAGGCGGGGCGACCGCUGGGGCCGGCGCCGGCCGGAGGCGCCCGCUGCCCGGAGAGAACCGCGUUUAUUUUUUCAGCUGUACCUUUAUCAUUACUCACUCUCCCUCAAUUUGCAUGAAGUUGAGAAUUGUCGCGGUUUAUUUUUUCAAGAGAUCAUGUUUUUUAAAAGUGUCUUUUGCAGAGUUUUACAUCUUUCUGUCCGAACUCUGCUGUGGGCCGCGCUGGGACCCCACAGGACGGACUUGUCCCCCGGGGCUCCGCGCGCGGAGGGCUUCGCUCCGCGGAAGGAGUGUGUCUCCGAAGUGACGUUCGCGAGCGGCCGGCCCGCGCCGGUCCCGCGGAGGGCUGGCCUUGGGGAAGGCGCUCCGGACCGUGUCCCCGAGGAGGGGCUCGGGGCCGCGGCGCUGCCUCCUCGCUGGCCCGGCCGCUCCCGCGUCUGCGCCCCCCGCUACCGAACGUCCCGCGCGUGCGGGCGCCCCGGCGGCGGUGUCUCCUGCGCUGAAUCCUAGCUCUGUCUGAGUUUCAGGCGCUGGCCCGGCGCUCGCCCACGCGCGGCCGCGGUCUCCACCCGCCUGCGCGCCCCCAGCCGCCUGCCCUGCCCGGGCUGCAAGCCCCGGCUCUGUGGGGUGACGCUGGGCUGGCUUUCUGGGGAGCAGGGUGGGGGUGACAGUGCUGGAGUCUUCCUCGGGGGUGCAUGUCCCCAAGGCGGCUGCAGGUCUCCGCUGGCCCUACCCCGUGCCGGCGAAGGAGCCCCUGCCGCGUGGAGGACCUUGAUGGACCCACGCUGCCAGUUGCCCCCCUUGGAAGACCACCCGGCUGGACACGCCGGCGUGACGCGUGUGUCGCGAGAGUGCCUGGAGCAGUGCGAACGUGGGCCUGGCCCGGGCAGGGGUCUCCCCAGCAACUGCCACCUCCCCUGGAGGCUGAGCCAGCGGCCCUGGGGAGCGGCCUCCUCGCUGCUCCGGCCCGGGGCAUCCGGUGCGGCGCCUCCUGCGCGGUGUGCGGCCGUGGGCUGAGCCUGGCCGCGCUGUCACCUGGGGGAGGUGGCUCGCGGAGUCCCCCCCAGGGCAGGCAGAGCAGCCCCACAGGGCUCCCAAGGGCGAGGCUUUGGCCCACAAGUUUGCAGUCAUUUCCUGUUAACUAACUGCUCUCGCCUUUGAUUAUUCAUGCUGUUUUAUAACAAGGUAUCCAAAAAUAGCUCCUGUCUGGCCCCUGGCAGAGUGGACGUGGACAUCUGGCUGUGCUCACAUCUGCUCUCCCUGCACACAGGGCCCCAGCUGAGUGAUCAGCUUCCUCUUCUGGGCCCCCUUCCCUCUGGACACCGACCCCAGGCGGUUGGAGGAGACGUGCGGUCCCUGCUCCUCUGGGCCGGGUGCGCGGUCCCGGCCGGGAAGGCCCGGCGGUGGGGCCAGCAGGGCCAGCAGCUCUGACCCCGCCGAGACAGCAGAGAGUUGGACUGCUGACGUGCGCCGGCGCCCUCUUGGCAGCCCCGGCCGGGUCAUCCUUCCUCAGCUGUGUCCCCGUGUAGGAGGGAUUGUGGAUGCGCGGAGCUCGCUGGCCAGGCCCCCACCUCCUCUCGGCGGCCCUGGAGCCGGAUUCCUCGUGUCUGAAUGUUCCCAGGACACUUUGCCUUCUCUCUGCAAAUAAGGAGGGUUCUUCCUCCUGUCUUAGCGGUUCCUUCCCUUCAUUGUUCUGCUCUGUAUUUAUCAGGCAAGUCCAAAAUCAUUUAUUUAAACUCUUGGGCAAACAGGACCCUGUGAUCUGUGCGUGGAUUUCGGGGGCUCGAAUCAACUGGCUUAACCCUUGGUUCUUAGGUCAUUUGAAAGGGUGCCACACACGAUUCAGUUCUUCCUGCCCCUGCCCCGCUCCCUGCAGGGCGCCUCGCGUGCGGGCACGGGCACAGCUGGUCCCUGGCGGUGGGCGCCGCGCCUUUGCCACUGCCUUCUCGUGGCAUUUCAAGGGACUUGUACAAAUAGGCGCUGCGUGCAGAGCUUCACACUAACAUGGAACACGGACUGUGAAUGGAUUCAGCCUGCCAGCCCCAUUCCACGCAGCUAAAGGACGCGCUUCUCCAAGCCUAGGAAAGUGACAGCAGAUUCACACAGAAACCCACUUUCCCUAGGAAAUGGAGCAACAGGGUCCGGAGCUAGGUCGGGACCAUGGACUCCUUCCCUCAGACAAGUGGGCACUGGCUGGUUUGAGCCUACGUCCCGUCUGGGAGGACGCCGCCGGCCCCGCCGCCCUCUGAAGGCCUGGGCCCAGCGUGAGCGGCCUCCCCGAACUCUGACCCCAGGCAGACGGCCCGGAGUGGUGCGAGAAGGGGCCCCCGGCCCGCCCUCCGUGGCUCCCCCGGAUGUGGCCGAGAACGGCUCCCCCGCGCUCACCCAGAGCCGCAGACAGGCGCUUCUGGCAGAGGGUGAGAACGCAAGGCUGAGCGGGCAGGGGGCGGCCGGGCAGCUUCCGCAGCUCGACGCCGCUCUGCCCCGGGCUCCGUGCUUCCCUUCUGGGCUGCGGUGCUGCUGCCCUGCAAGGGUAACUGGGUGGGUUUUGGUGAACCCAGCGUUAGGGAGGACGUAGAGUUGACUAUGAAAGUGGACUUGGGAUUCUGAGGCUUUUUUCUGAUAGACUUACCAAUAAGUGACCUACUCAGUGGACUUUCAUACCUCAGGGCUGUUAAUUUUUCUUCUGUGAUUGAACUGAUAAGAGAAAUGGGCCCAGAGCUGCUAGGUUGGGGUUCAGUACCUCUCCCCGAGGAGUGAGUGGCGCCGGGGCCAGGCCUGCCACACCGUGCUGUCCUUCAUGGCGGUGACCAAUAGGCGUUCCUCCAGCAGCUGCCUGCUCUCUGCCUGCAGCCAGCGCUUGCUUGCCGGCUUCUCCUCCGCAGCGCCCCGCUCUCGCCGUCCCACCCUGCUCAGGACGGGAGAGGGCCGGCAGAGCAACUGCAGCGUGGGCGCAGCCUUCCUCCCCUGCCUUGGGCUGGGAGGCUUUGCUGCUUAGACCGUCAUCUUCCUGCGGAUGCCAAAGCCACUGACAUCACAGCUAGACGUGUAAGCACCCGUGGACGGGACGUCCCAGGUGGCACUUAGGACGCCAUGGAGCCAGAGGUUCUAGCGGCAGGAGUCCGGUUGUAGGUGUUCCUGUUUGAAGGUUUAUGUGCUGUGGAGGUCCGGUACACGAGAAAGCAAGACUGAGUGCACGGACGACAUUUUCGGGAGUUGCUGCGUGCGGAGCCCAGGCCCACGGUGGGCGGAGGGCGGCGCGUGAGUGGCCAGUGCGGUGUCACUUAGGAGGAAAGCUGAGGGGAGCCGUCCCGGGGUCUGGUGCGCCUAGGCACCCGCCUUCUUCCUUGGAGAAUCGGGCCUGUAUCGCAAACAUGGUGUCCCAGCCCUCGGAGGGAGGGACGUGGGGAGAGCGAGGCCUUUGGCCCCUCACGCCCGAGACUCCCACCCUAGCUUCUGAUUCAUUCCUUCGUCUGGUGUCUGGGAAGGUGGAGUGUAGCAACCACUGACUUUGGUUUCUGGAGUCCUUUAAAUUCACAAGUGUAUAUGUCUUAUUUUAUAUUAUUUAUUUUGUACAUACGCCUCUUCUGUUAGCCCAUCGUCCGUGACUAAGCAGCCCUCACCCGCGGAGCCUAGGGCUUCGUUGUCCCUGAAGCUGGGUGAGAGGGCGAUGGUCUGUUGUUUCGUUUAAAGAAAACAUGCUGCUCUUCUGUGGCCCUGGCGUCCCGGCCCGCCUACGGCCGCCUCCCUCCGGUGACCCGCGCCUGGGGAGACAGCCGGGCCGGUCUCCCACCUUGCGGGGCCUCUCAGGCCCUCCCCCGCCCCGCGGCUGGGUCUUCUCCUGUGCGGCGGGACAGCAUGGCUCGCAGACAACCUGUUUUCCUCCUCCCGAGCCGGGUCAGUUGCCUGGCCCCACAGCGAUGGCUGCUGCGGCCGCCUGGGAGUGCAGAGUCCAUCUCCACAGCCCACGGGCGCUGCCAGCCCAUCGGGGCUCUUCCUAUGCCUCUCCCUGGUGUCAAGGCCCCGUGCCAACGCUGCCUCGGGCCUCACGUGAACCCUGCUUUGUCUGUCGUCCUCCUCGGCCUCCACCCGCCUUUCCCCGUUGCGGGGUACACUUCACGCUGUGGGCAGCGCAGCUCUUCCGAGCGCGGCUCCCAGAACCGGGUGAAGGGGAACAAGCACAAGUCGAGUGUGUAGGGCUCCGAGCCGACUGUCGCAGGCAUUUAUAACUCAAUGAUGUUGUAGAUUUACAAUCUCUAUUUAUUUUGUACCAAUUUAUUUGUAAAUUUUGUGAUUGUUUUAAAAGGUUUUUGUUUAUUUCUAUUAUUCUAUUUAGAUAAACGAUGAUUUUCUGUUCA